CCAACUCGCCGCUCCAUCUGCACCACUUGCUAGGUCGACAGAUCUUGCAGUCUUCUGCAGUGUUGAGCUCCCACUAGCAGCUUCGCCUCUCGAUCCAUUCCGACUAGCUACUUAGCAUGGCGCGUUGCGGCGUCGACGUGACGCUGCUCUUGGUGGCACUCUAUGCGCUGCUGCCGGCAAUCACCGUUGCCAAUAUCCAGGAAGGCUUCUAUAAGAGCAACACCAACUGCAGCGUCGACGUCGAGGCCACCGUGGCGAGCGUCGUCCAGCAAUACGUCUCCGCCGACCGCGGCGUCGGCGCGGGGCUCAUCCGACUCCACUUCCACGACUGCUUCGUCAAGGGCUGCGAUGCUUCGGUGCUCAUUGAUCCGAGCCCCGUCAACCCGGACCCCGAGAAGGGGUCGCCGUCGAACGGCGGCCUCCGCGGGCUCGAGGUGAUCCAGGACGCCAAGCGGCGGCUCGAGGGCGCGUGCCCGGGGACCGUGUCCUGCGCCGAUAUCCUCGCCUUCGCCGCGCGCGACGCGUCCAACGUCCUGAGCGCCGGGGCGAUCAACUACGGCGUCCCCGCGGGCCGCCGAGACGGGCUCGCCUCCGCCGCGCCCGACGCCACCGGGAGCCUGCCCCCGCCAUUCGCGCGGCUCGACCGCCUCACAGAGCUCUUCGCCGCCAAGGGAUUCACGCAGGACGAGCUGACCAUGGACGCGGAGUACGGCGCCGGGCUGCAGCGGCAGUGCCCGACGGACGCCGGGGACGGCGUGGCGGUCGACCAGGACCAGGCCACGGCGGGCGACCUCGACAACCGGUACUACGGGAACGUGCUCGCCGGGAAGGUGCUCUUCGACUCGGACUGGGCGCUGAUCAGCGGCAACACGACGCGGCGGAUGGUGGAGGACAACGCCGCGGACCAGGCGCGGUGGGCGGCCAAGUUCAUCGACGCCAUGCGCAAGAUGGGCGCCCUGGACGUGCUCACCGGCGACCAGGGGGAGAUCAGGAGGUUCUGCAACGUCACCAACAGCGGCUGACUCGAGCCCGUCGGCACCGACAAAACAGUGUACCUAAAACGGAGACGUCAUCAACAACGUAGAUAAGGGUAGUUGCUACUGCAUUUUUUGGAGUCUGUUGCUCUCCAGCCACACAAGAAUACGUUUUUUCUUUGUUACGUACAGACGUACAGUCAAACUAUAUAAACAUCGACCGU